AACUAUUUUCUUUCAAUGUGAAGGCUUCAUCACCAUUCUCUGAAGAUGAAGAUAGUCCUUAUGGUAGCCGAGAAGCCCUCUCUGGCUCAGUCCAUCGCCAAAAUCCUUUCAAGAGGAAACAUGUCAUCUCGCAAAGGAUUAAACGGGGCGUGUUCUGUCCAUGAAUUCACUGGUCCUUUCAUUGGACAAACUGUCCACUUCAAGAUGACGUCCGUAUGUGGUCAUGUGAUGACGCUGGAUUUUAUAGGAAAAUACAACAACUGGGAUAAAGUUGACCCCGCUGAGCUUUUUAGUAAAGCGCCAACCGAAAAGAAAGAAGCCAACCCAAAACUAAACAUGGUGAAAUUCUUACAGGUGGAAGGGAGAGGAUGCGAUUACAUUGUUCUGUGGCUAGAUUGCGACAAGGAAGGUGAAAACAUAUGCUUUGAGGUAUAUCGCAUUAUCAUUUUCUUUUAACGACCCCAUAAUCCCUGACAUCGGGGUGGAGU